AUGAUUCCACACCCAUUUCUAAAAUAUUUAACUUUAAAAUAUUUGAAUUGGUAUCUGUCACUUUAUGUCACUAAAACAUUAAAUCUGACUUUUCAGGUCACUUUCUUUGAGGACAGAAACUUCCAGGGUCGCUCUUGGGACUGUAUGGGCGACAGUGGAGAUUUCUCCUCCUACAUGAGCCGCUGUCACUCUUGUAGAGUUGAGAGUGGAUGCUGGAUGAUGUAUGAUCAUCCCAACUACAUGGGAAACCAGUAUUUCUUCAGGAGGGGCGAAUAUGCUGAUUACAUGUCUAUGUUUGGAAUGAACAACUGCAUCAGAUCCUGCCGUAUGAUCCCCAUGCACAGGGGAUCCUACAGAAUGAGGAUCUACGAGAGGGAGAACUUCAUGGGACAGAUGUACGAGAUGAUGGAUGACUGUGACAGCAUCAUGGACCGUUACCGCAUGUCUCACUGCCAGUCCUGUCAUGUGAUGGACGGCCACUGGCUCUUCUAUGAGCAGCCCCACUACAGAGGCAGGAUGUGGUACUUCAGGCCUGGAGAGUACAGGAACUUCAGCAACUUUGGAGGCAUGAGAUUCAUGAGCAUGAGGCGUAUCAUGGACUCCUGGUACUAG